AUGCCUCUUCUCCGCUUGAAUGCGGCGGCCGGCGCAAGACUGCGUUUGGCCACAGCCAGACUCAGCACUCGCCGCCCCCUCGUCAGAGCCACCGUCACUGCUACCCAACAGACCCUUCCGACUCGCCUUUAUACAACAUCGACGCCGCUACGAAAUGCCUCGUCUCCCGAUAUCUUCCCUUCGCUUCUCGAACAGCCCGGUGUCUCCGACUACCUGAAUGCUCAGCAACCCGUCGCCGUCCCUCAGACCUUGACCGAGAAGAUCGUUCAGCGUCACAGUCUUGGUCUUGCCGAAGACAAGUUCGUCCAGUCCGGCGACUAUGUCACCCUUUCCCCUCAGCAAUGCAUGACCCACGACAACUCAUGGCCUGUCGCGACGAAGUUCAUGUCCAUUGGCGCCACAAAGAUCCACGAUCCCAAGCAGAUUGUCAUGACCCUCGAUCACGAUGUUCAGAACAAGACGGAGAAGAACCUACAAAAGUACCGCCAGAUUGAGACCUUUGCAAAAGAGCAGGGCGUUGACUUUUACCCUGCCGGUCGUGGUAUCGGGCAUCAGAUCAUGGUUGAGGAGGGUUACGCUUGGCCUGGCACUCUCUGUGUCGCGUCCGACUCGCACACAAACAUGUACGGAGGUAUCGGCUGUCUUGGAACCCCCGUCGUUCGGACUGAUGCUGCUUCCAUCUGGGCUACUGGCCGUACCUGGUGGCAGAUCNCCCCUGUCGCGAAGGUCACCCUCAAGGGCGUCCUCCCUGCAGGCGUCACUGGUAAGGAUGUCAUUGUCGCUUUGGCUGGUCUCUUCAACAACGACGAAGUUCUCAACCACGCCAUCGAAUUCACCGGCUCGCCCGAAACCAUGUACUCUCUCCCUAUCGACGACCGUCUUGCCAUUGCAAACAUGACCACCGAAUGGGGUGCCCUUUCUGGUCUCUUCCCUAUCGAUGGUGUCCUCCAAGGCUGGUUGCGAGCAAAGGCCACCGAGGCCUCUCUCUACGAAGACGCUGCCCUGACUUCAUCCAAGACCUCCACUCGCUUCAACCACCAAAGACUAGACGACCUGUUCGAGAAGCCCCUGACUGCCGACAAGAACGCCAAGUAUGCAAAGGAACUUUUCCUUGAUCUCGAAUCUCUCUGCCCUUACGUUUCUGGCCCCAACAGCGUCAAGGUCGCCACCCCCUUGAACGAGCUCAACGCCCAAGACAUCAAGGUCAACAAGGCAUACCUCGUUUCCUGCACCAACAGCCGUCGUUCCGAUAUCGCCGCUGCCGCAAAGGUCUUCAAGGAUGCCGCCGAGGCCAACAGUGGUGUCAUCCCCAAGAUUGCUUCUCACGUCAACUUCUACAUCGCCGCCGCCUCUCUUCCCGAACAACGCGCUGCUGAGGAGCAAGGUGACUGGCAAGUUUUGCUCGAUGCUGGUGCACAGGCUCUUCCCUCUGGUUGCGGUCCUUGCAUCGGUCUUGGUACUGGUCUGCUUGAGCCUGGUGAGGUGGGUAUUAGUGCUUCCAACCGCAACUUCAAGGGCCGUAUGGGUAGCACUGAUGCAAAGGCUUACCUCGCCAGUCCUGAAGUUGUUGCUGCUUCUGCUCUCCAAGGUAAGAUUGCCGGUCCUGGGACCUACCAGAAGCCCGAAGGCUGGAACGGUGUCAUUCGUGGAGAGGGCGAUGGUGUGCCUGAGGAAGAGCGCAUGAUUAGCAUUGAAGAUGCCCUUGACAUGCUCGUCCGUCAAGCAGAAGAGGCCGUCGAGUCUGGCGAAAAGGCCCUUGGCGCUACUGACGAGGCUCCCUCUUCCGACGAAAAGCUCACCGAUAUCCUCCCCGGUUUCCCUGAAAAGGUCACUGGUGAAAUCGUCUGGUGCAAUGGCGACAACAUCAACACCGACGGCAUCUACCCCGGCAAAUACACCUACGACGAUGCCUUCUCUUCCUCGCCCGACCGCAUGGCAACCGUCGUCAUGGAAAACUACGACACCGAAUUUGCCUCCAUCGCCAAGUCCGGCGACAUCCUCGUCGCCGGCUUCAACUNNGGCUGCGGCAGUUCCAGAGAACAAGCCGCCACCGCCAUCCUCGCCAAGAAGAUCCCCAUGGUCGUCGCCGGCAGCUUCGGCAACAUCUUCAGCAGAAACUCGAUCAACAAUGCAUUGAUGGGUGUGGAGGUCCCUCGUUUGAUCCAGCGUCUGCGCGAUACUUUCGAUACUCCCGCUGCUGCUCAAGACGGCACUGCUGCCAUCACUGAGCCUAGCCAAAACAGACAAUCGCUGGACACACCGCCGCCGGCACCUACAUCCGUCCCCAGCCAAGAAAAGAAGUUGACGAGGAGGACGGGGUGGACGUUUACUUGGGAUGUAAAGCGCAGUCAAGUUAUUGUGCAAGAAGGCCCUAAUGGCAAGAGCUGGAGCCAAAAGGUCGGUGAGUUGCCGCCGAAUGUGCAAGAUAUCAUUGCCCGAGGAGGAUUGGAAAAGUGGGUUGGCAAGGAGUUGGCUACCGCAAGCAAGAUUUGA